AUGCGAUGGGUGGCAUUCACCGGCGCACCGACCAGAGCAGAGUGCUACCGCAGUCUAGCCACGCGUGAUGGCGCGCAGCCAGUUCGCUCGGCUGCGCGAUGGCGUGUACUGUCCAACGGGAGUCCAUCUCAGGAAACGGCCGUUCUGCGAGCACAGAGCAUAAGCAGCACCCAGGCAGUCGAAGCUGCACUCCUUGGCACUGUAGCCGAGCCUCAUGAAGGAGGAUGCAAGACAUUCUUGGAAGCAGGCUUUGACUCGCAAGAUAUGCACGUGCUGGGCGAGGAGGAUAUAGACUAUCUCGAGCAGUCGCUUGCUAUUGCCCAAGCUGCUCCCCCGGCGAGUGCGAGCGACGAGACACAAGACGCGUCAAGGACGGCCGACACGCAAGCAGGCACAGAAUCCCGAGCACAAGGCAUUUUCGGCAUCGAUCUCUUCAUGAUCAUUCCCCUGAAACGAGCACACGAGAUGCUGAAGCAACACGGUCAAUUCGGCGCAUCCAUUAGCAUUCUGGCAGCCAUCAUCGAGGUGACCGAGCUGAGAGAGCUGUCGACAAAGAGGGGUACGAACAAGCUCGUCACCGUAGAAGUCUGGGACGAGUCUGGCUCGACGUUGCGCAUAGCAGCCUGGGGAGAUGUCGCGCAGCACUGGCGCAAUACCGUACGUCGGGGCGACGUCGUCCAUGUCAACAAUAUCAGACUGUGUAUGUACCUCGGGAAGCCACAAGGAACCGCCAGAUACGACUCUUUGCUGACGAUCUGCUAUCGCACUCGCUAUGCUGGCUCGCAAGAUGAUCAGUAUCGACCCGAUCUUGAGCUGCCCUGGCGUCAUGAGCCCACUCUGCGGGUCAGACGACUGGUCGAGCUUGUCAGCUAA